GAUUUUCUAUGUGAUCUGUAUUUUGAAUCAUAUGCCAAUUUUAUUUAUUUUCGAUUUGUAACUGAUUUUUCUUUGGAUGUAGAAAUUAGGUUUUAGAAAGAAAAGAAAUGGAAGAGUAAUAUAAUGGCACUAGCAGAAGCUAGGGCUGCUUGGCAGAGAACUGGCAACAGAUGCUUGGUCCAAGAAGAUGCUAAAAGAGCUCCUAAAUUAGCUUACUCCUCAUCGCUUCCCCCUCCUUGUUCUAAACCCUCCGAUACCGGUCCCACAACUUCCCCUUCUCCCCAAGAUAUUCCUCCUCCCUCUGCUUCUUCUAAUCCCUUCGAUCGAAACUCUUCCUACUCUAAUUUAUCCCCCAAUUCUAGAUGGUGGCUCCAUCUCCAACCAAAUUACCCUUGUCAAAAGGGUUUUACCGAUGAAAUCGAUACCUGUCAGAUCAAAGAUGGAAACUUUGUUGCUCGAGAGAGCAAAGAUUCGACAGUUAAAGAAGAAAAGUUUAGAUCAUUCUGCGACAUUAAUCCCCAAGGUCGUUACUUCGAUGAACCGAAAGAUGAGUGUGUUGUUAUUAGCUGUGGAGUUUCGAAAAAUACGAAUGAGCAUUGUUUUUAUUCGGAAUCUUCUUGGAUUGGAGCUGGUGAGAAAAAUAGCCCGUGGUGGAGAACUGCAGAUACAGAGGAGUUAGCUCUAUUAGUUGCACAAAAGUCCCAUGACUUUAUAGAGAAUUGUGACCUACCCAGCCCUCAAAACACUCAUCUCAAAAAGGAAACGAGUAUGAAUAUUUCAACUUCUUUAACAGUUCGUAAGCCAGGCAUUAUUGCUUCGAGAAAUUCUUGCCACAAACUUAGUAUGUCAGCUGAAGAACAAUCAAUUCCUGGUGCUGGAAAGCCAUUAAGGGAUAGGGCAGCACUCGAAAGAAUGCCUGAGAUGCAUGAAAAGGAGGAGGAGGAAGAUGAUGGCGUUGAUGAUGCAAGCAAGGCUCAGUUACUACAAGCAUUGCGUUAUUCUCAGACACGUGCGAGAGAAGCAGAAGAAGUGGCGAAACAAGCUUGUGCGGAGAAAGAGCAUGUGGUAAAGCUAGUUUUCAGACAAGCAUCGCAGCUGUUUGCGUAUAAGCAGUGGCUUCAGCUUCUGCAGCUUGAGAACAUGUAUUUCCAAUCCAACAACAAAAGUCAUCACGAGACAGUAGUGUUGUUGCCUGGGAAAAGUGUAAGAACAAGGAAAAUGCGAAAGGGGUCGAAUAGAUCAAAACGGGGCAAGAGAAGCCGACCGUGGUAUGAAGUAGGAAGAUAUGCGAUUGUAUUUGCAUUAGGGUUGGGUCUUGUUGGUGCUGGAUUAUUACUUGGAUGGACAAUUGGUUGGAUGCUGCCAACCUGCUGGUGA